AUGACAAAACAAAAUCUGGAUUACAAAUCCUUUAAGUUUGUCCGUCAUGGUGGAUAUUACCUCUUCAUAACAAACCAGACAGUGACAUAUAGUGAUCUGGUCCACCUUCACCCUGUGUACCAUGACGAGGAACCAAGUCCCAGCCUACAGAACACCAUCAUAUUCCCUGAGGGCCACAGUGGUGUUCAGGUGUUGCUCUACAUCAACCAAUCUAACCAGAUUGAUGUGGUGAUAAUUGAGCCGUGUGAGGUGGAAAUUUACGGCUGUGUUGAGGGAGAGGUCAUUGAAUCAUGCGCCUGCGCAAAUACAACAAUAGGUGGACAGGGACCUGAUCUUUGGCAAACCAGUGUGGUAUUUGGGACAGGAUCGCUUGCACUCACUUGUAAUGACAACUACUUGUCCAUCAUGAAUAUGUCGGAUUUUGAUGAUUCCGAAUUUUUAUCAAUACUAGAAACGUGUGAUGGAAAACAACAUUGUUCAUUCAAUAGCAACUCCCAUAUACAACAUAAAACAAUAAUGUUCUAUUGCCAGGAUAAAUGUUCAAAUGUAAACUACAAAAACUCUCUUCUUAACCGUACUGUGGUAGAAGACUUGGGAAUAGAAUACCAACCAGACGUCAGCGAUCCAUUUACUGCAUUCCUAAAGUCACGUGUUUACGACUGUAAUGAACGUCACAUUCUAACCAGCGGAAAUCUCACGCGUCAGUGUCAGGAGCAGGAACGGUGGUCGGGGGAAGAUCCAGUGUGCAAUGUCACAUGUCAGCAGCCAGAUCAUGACAAUAGCACUACUAUCCGUCAGUCAAGAUCUCCGAUAUAUUUUGAGGACUAUAGUGUGUCAUACACAUGCAGAGAACAUCAUCGUCACGUCCAUGGCAAUCUCACCAGAGUUUGUAACGGUAGUGGUGAUUGGUCAGGAGAAAUACCUGUCUGUAAACGUUGUAAAUGUCCAUGUGAUAGAGUAAAGACCCAAUAUUUCAUCACAGACGCAGAGGUCCUUCAAAAGAAAAUAAAUAAACUGAGCAAUGAAUUGAAAGUCAACCGAAAAGACCUCUCCGCAGCCGUGAGAGCGAAGACCUGCGCAGAAGACAAAAGGGAGUCUUCGAAAUAUCUUGGUUUCAUCACUGGAAUAGUAAUUACUACGACUGUGUUGGGAAUCAUCGUUUGUAGUGACCUUCCAUUGAUGUACAGACAGAUCCUAUUUGGACCUUACGCCUCUCGUACACGUUAAAUAAAGGUGGUUUAUCAACUUACGUACAAUGUACCCUGUUCAUAAUAAUAUUAUUGUUUUUAAAAUUCACAAUUUAUACAUGAUUUAGACAUGAGCUUUGUUGGUAGACGUUCAUUAUUGUUCUGUAACAGGAAAAUAUGAAUGAAUCAAUAAAUUCAUUAUAGAAAUGAUAUUAAAAUGAUAAUUCAUGCUAACACUCCAUGUAUUCAAUCCUUUACAUAUCUAGAUGUGCACCCCCCGCAUCACAAACUCCUCUUCAAUCUCAAACUGACCAAGAAUAUUUACCAAUGACUAAUGAAACUACUCUGUGAAACAUGAAGAAAAACCUGUAACCU